AUGCAUGGUCAGGCUCUAAAUUUGGCCAACACCUCACUCCGACUUCUAAUUGAAACGCUAAAUAAAAACGACUUCUUUGCUGUGGCUAAGCAAGUGAUUCGGAAUGUUUUUCGUUUAACGGCCCAUGAUACUGCAGAUUAUGAUGCAGCAAUUGAAUUUGGAAUGAAACAAAUGAGUGCCCAUUUCACAGAAACUGCUACCGGUUAUGGGGCGAAGAGAAAGCGUCAUCUACUGGGUCUGGAAUUGGUCGUUCAUCAAGCAGCGGACAUAUUUCCUUUCAAAAUAGCUGAAGAGAUUGGUCCUAUGGCAAGUUUAACGAUGGCUGUGUAUAACCGAUCAUUGGAUCGAAGAGUCUCUCUACUUGGUAUUAUGGGAACAGAUGUAUCAGCCCGAGAAAUGGUUGAUCUCCUUCAGCCAUACCUUAAUAGUCCAACAGAUUACGCAUUCAUGAUAGACAACAAUGGAUUCGUACUAUUUCAUCCACUUCUGAAGUCUUAUCGUAAACUAUCCGCUCAAACCAUUGAUAUCGAUAUUAUGGAUAUUGAAGGGUCCAGUGAAAAAGAAUUCUUGACAAUUCGAAAGAAUUUGAUUGACAAUAAGGAGGGUGUUAACAUUCUGGAUGACUUCGCCGUAUUCAUGGAUGAGAACCAUGCGCAUCGUACACUCCGAACAUACGCUUAUACACCCAUCCCAAAUACUGAAUAUAGCAUUUGUCUCGUAACGGCCACGGAGCGAGAUACUGAUGUUCAAUUUCUCUCUCAAAAGGAGCUCUUGAAAACCACUGACAGUGCAGUUUACAUCAGGGGUGCUGAAAUGACAUCUCUGCCACUGCCUGUGAAAGUAGUGUUAGCACCAAUCUUAGCCAACUGUCGAAAGCCGAGUUUUUCAAGAAUUCUAGCCCCGCCGACGACUACGACUGCGACCACGCCGACCACAACAACGACGACCACAACAACUACAACCACCACCACGAAGGCUCCAACAACUACACAGUCGACAACUACGAGUCAUGAUAUAUUUAAUGAUCUUUUCAGAAUUUGGGAGACUACUGAAGCGCCCGAUGAGGAUGAGGAUGAGGUGAAGGUGGAUGUGGUGGAGGGGAAAAAUGGAAGCGAACAAAAUGAGAAUAUUCGAAGGAAACGCGGUGAUUUCCCCAAGGAUUCAGCGGGAAUGAAGGAGAUCGAAAAAGUCCUCCGAUUUAUAGAUGAAUAUGAUUUCGGAAACACAUUCUACGAUGGCCACUUUAUGUCCGACCUCCUGGUUGGUUUGAACGUUCUACGGGAUUGGAAGUCAACUAGGAUGUCCAAUUACGUCAUGGCUCGUUCAGUUUUCUUCACAUCCGGAUUGGGUUUCAUUUAUCCACCAGAUGUGAAACAGAAGUUCGAACCACUUCUAACGGCCGAUUUUGCCAACUCUUCCAUUUGGCAACGAGUACUUGACUCUCAUGGCAUGAUAUUUUGGCUCCAGCCUCAGCUGUCUAAGCCAAUUAUUCCUGUCUAUGAGGAGGUUCCAGUCUUUACAUUCCCCACCACCGAGUCGACUGAUAUCACUGACACAACGGAACAAAUGGAUGGCCCCACAGAUCCCUCAGUACCUGAAGAAUAUUGGUCUGGUCUUCCUCCAAUUCCCGGAUUCGAGAUCACUAAGAGAGGUAAUACCCUCUUAAAAUCUCUUUAA